UUAACAGUGUAGAUUUUUAAUAGAAGGAAGCUCAUAUCAAGCUCAACAAAUAUUUUAACAAAGUUGAUUUCUGUGACUAAAAAUUAAUGAUGAAAGCAGAAAACAGAUUUGUGAAUCAGUCCCAUUUUGAAAAACUUUUAGAUGAUGCUUGUUUUUCAUAAGUUGUAAACUUAUAAUUUAUAAAGCAAACAUCAACUUAAAUGGUCCGGAUACAAGUGAAAUACAAAAUUCUGAGGUUUUAUUAAAAGUGUUAAAAAAAACGAUUAAAUGAUAAUGUCAGACUUUGAACGCAUUCGGCUGGUUAUCUUGGGUGGUGCGGGUGUAGGAAAAACCUGCGUAGUUAGGCGUUUUUUAACGAAGACUUAUAAUGACAAGUAUCGCCCUACAGUCGAAGACUUACACAAUCGAGAAUAUGAUUUGGGAUCUGUCACUCUCAAGGUUGAUAUCUUGGAUACAUCGGGUGACAUGCAAUUUCCUGCAAUGCGUCGACUUUCUAUAGCAACUGCUCAUGCCUUUGUGUUAGUGUAUUCGGUCACCUCAGCACCGAGUUUCAUUGAAGUUAAGCAGUGCUUUGAGGAAAUCAGAGAACAAAGGGCUGACUUUCAGGAUAUUCCAAUCGUCAUAGCUGGUAAUAAAUCGGAUUUAGUAGAAACACAUCGUGAAGUACGUAUCGAAGAUGUUUCUGAGUGGGUUUUCUGCGAACUACCGAAACUUAAGGUGAAAGUCAUGGAAUGUUCAGCCAAAGAUAACUACAACAUCAAUGAACUUUUCAAGACAUUGCUGUCAUUAUCUAAAAUCAUACCGACUGAAAGCUCGAUUGAAACGAAUGGUGGACCUUUCAAGCGAAGAUCUUCCGCUUAUGUGAGCGCAACGAGUAAAGGUAGAAGUCGUGUACCUAGCCCAGGAAACGACAAGUCAUCUUCCUUCAUGGCAUCAGGUAGCAAUGGAAAUGAAGCAUCAGGAUCUGAGACAAAAUCGAAGCCAAGGUCAAGAUCCCUUAUUCGACGUUCAUCAAGGAAAACAAAACAGCAGAUGCAAAACGCUGGCACCAGCGUGGAGGAUUGUUCUAUUCAGUAAGAAGCAAAGAAGAAACUGAAAUGAUAUAAAUACAAGUAUGAAUUAAUAAAUCUUAGACUUUCUCUUUAAAGCACUUUGUUUAAAUUCUCAAACCAAAAAUGUUAUCAAAGCUUUAAAGUUCAAACUGAUUCUUGUAGCCUGGGAAUGAAAAGAGCUUGUAACGAUUGAAAGGUUUAAAGUUGAAGCGCUUACGAACUUUUGCUGUAUUAAUCCUUUGUUUAAAAUUUUCGCAACAUAACUUUUUUUAAUAAACAAGCAUAGAAGUAUUUUGAUGCUGAAUAUCUUAAAAUUGAAAAUGUCGACUAUGAAAUAAUAAAAAAAAAUCAAGUUGGUUGGGAAAUUUAUGAAUUGAAAGGAAUUCACAUAAAGUGGUUGGUUAGCAAAUAAAAUAAUAUUUCAUCACAAUAUCACUGUUAAACAUGGAAAAAGGAUUGGAGUGAUAUUUUUAGCAUUGAUAAGUAUUUAUAAACAUUGCCAAAAUCUGAUGAAAUGAUGUUACUAAUCAAAUCAUGCAGGUAUUCAAAACAAAAACUAUACGCAACUCUUAAAUGACGAAAUUUUCAUUGGAAUUUGACCCGAAAAUUGUCACCUUUGACCUACUUUUACAUUUAUUUUUUUGUGAAAUUGUAAAUGGGUCAAACAUGUCGACAUUUCUCAUAAUUGUCCUUUUUAUAAAUUAUCUAAUAAGAAAUCCUAAAGUGGUCGGUGGUUACUGGAACUCUCAUUGUUCUCUUUAAAAAAUCUUGUUAUGGUGGAAAGGAAUUUCAUGAAAAUAAUAUCAUAUGAAUUAACUGUUCUGUUAUUAAACUCUAGACGAAGGGAGUGCUUUUCCUUUAUUAUUUCUACAAUCUAAAUUAUAAUUACAAUUAUCAAUAAGUAUUAUAAUAUAAUCAUGUAGAAAUAUUACAAAUGCGAAGUGAAUUGUGAUAAAUCAGUUUAAAAAAAGAGAAUUUUAGACAAAUCAAGCUCAAAAAUGUACAAUUUAUGUUGGAAUAUAAUGAAUAUUAGAUUGAAAUUGGAUUUCGUAAGAAUAUUAAUCAAUUGGAUCAUUUUGGAUGCUUAAAUUUCACCAUACUAUUAAUAAAAUCUUAUCAAUAUUGCAUUUGCCUGCUCGUUUGAAAUCGGAGAAAUGCCUAAAAUUUGAUACAAAUUCGUCCAAACAUUUAAUCAAGAGGUAUUAAGAAAGAUAUUCUGGCUCUAAUGAACUCUUUAUGUAGUUGAACAACAACUUCUGGUGAAUUUUUCAACCGAAAAAUUUAUUUUACAUGAUGUUCAUGUGAUUGUUAUAAAUUAAUGUUGUAGAAUAUGAAAAGCAGAAUGUAAAACAAAUUAAUAAUUGUGAAAAUAAAACAUUGACUAGAUACUUGUAUUAAAACUCC